AUGUUAAGAAAUUGUGUACGACAUUAUUUCUGUUUAGAUAGAAUGGUUAGCUCUAAAUUACACCUUGUAAAGGAGAAGGAUGCAAAGACAGAUUACGUCUAUUACGAAUAAAAAACUGUUUUCUCCAAGGAAAAGGGAAAUAAGAAAUAUAAAUUAUUGGAUGUCAAAGUCCCUGAUAUGAAUGCUAAAAAGACUUAAUUCUACGUUUUUGAUAAAAAUACUGUUCCAGUCCCAAGAUAAGUGUAUAUAGCUCCAUUAAGAAAAUAUGUUAAAUAGAAGCUCUAAAGAGAUGAAUUUAUCCGAUACAAAAAGUCCUAGACUACAAUUCAAGAAUAAUAAGAAGAAUAAGUAGAUGAAUUAUGGGGUGAAAAUCCUCCUAUCAGAUACUUUGAGAGAUUAGUGGCUAAGGAUUUAUUUUUUAAUUACAGAAGCCCAAGAUUUGCUGAAUAUAACAACAGAAAAAAUGAUUUCCUCUCAAAUCCCUCUGUUCAUAGUGAAGUCAAAAACAUCAUCUAAGAAAUUAAGUAGGCCUCAACAAUCUAAUUAUCAAGAGUUUAUCAUCCAAAUUAUUUCAUUGAAGAUCACUAUAAAAAAUUGCCUGAUCUUUUUAAUAAGCUCAAAGAAGCAGUCAGCUAGGCAAACUUUAAGGAAAUCCCAAAAAUAGCUUGGAUGUUACAAAAUUAGUUGUUAUAUAAGGAAGAUAUCUAUAAGAUCUGGGAAGUCAUUGAAAAUAUUGUUAAACCAUAAAUACAUCACUACACUAUUGAUGAAUUGAUCUUAUUGAAAAGAGGAUUAGCAACAACAUAUCCAAAGGCUGGAAGUUAUGAAUUACACAACUUAAUUUAUAAUUUAGUCUCUUAAGAAAAGUUGAGUGUCGAUUAAACAAUUGAAGCACUUUAUGCAUUUAGAACAUUUAAUCAUGAUAAAUUUGCUAAAGUCUUAAUAGAAAAUUUGAUCAAAUUAUUACCUGAAUAUAAAGAUAACCAUUCAAAAUUGGCUUAAGCCUUUUAUUCAAUUGCUAAUAAUUUGCCAAAAAAACAUUUGAGAGCAUAGUCUUUUGAUGUUACAGCAAAUGAUAGGUAUAGAUUGAGUGUUAUGAAUGCUUUUGUUGGUCCAUUAAAGGAAGGAAAAUAUAAUAUGGAUGACAUAACAAGGAUUCUGCUAGGUGUCUCUAUCUUAAAAGUACCAAAUUUUAAUGAUCUAAUAUUUUUACUAGAAAAUUAAUUACAAGAACCUGAUGAAUAUUAAUUAGUUCAUAUUCUAUAUGCUCUCUCAAAAGGAAACAAUGGAAUAUAAUCGGGAACAAAUGAAACUUAUAAAUAUUUAGAAUAAUUUGUCUCAAAGUACUUUGACCAAUAUGAAAACUUAGAAAAAUCGAGAAUUUACUAUGCAUACUCAGCCAUGCAUUCUGAAUUUGCCCAAAACCCUAUAUUCUUAAAUUGGAUCAAAGAGAAUAUGUUAAAAUUCUCAUUUUCAGAAUUGUAAAAUGUUGUCUAUGGACUCAUGUUUAAUUAAGUAAGUGAUUAAGAAAUUUGGUCUAAUUUCUUAAAAAAUGUGGCAACAAAAAGCGAAUAUGUUCCUUUAGCUAAUUAUUUCGCUCUCAAAUAAGCUAAGUUUUAUAUAACACAAUUCUUUCCCCAUUGGAAUUUAAAACCAUUUGAAGAAGCCUGUUAAAAUGCUGAAAAUAUGUUCUUGGCUAAUAGGACUGAAAGAUAACAUUUAGACUAACAAAUUAUAGAUUUUUAAAUCGAUCUCAACACUCAGUUAUAAUAUGAUUGGAAAACCUAUUAUAAUUGGAAUAACACCUACUUUUUCAAUAUCACACUUCCAGAUCAUAGGAUAGCUAUUGUUUUAAAUACACCAAGAACAACAAUUAAUGGAAAACCAAGAGCUUAAUUGCAAUUACAAUAAUAAGUAUUGGCUACACAAGAUUGGAAAUUGUUGAUUUUUGAUUAGACAGAACUUUUUUCAAUGAAAACUAAGGAGAGAGCUGCAUUCUACAAAAAAACAAUUGAUGAAGCCAUUGAAUCAUAGAAAGAUAAGAUGAAAGCUUGGGAAGAAGAGAGAAGAGACUAAAUCUAUGAAUAAUUAUUAAUCCAAGCUGAAAAUGGUAUAACUCCAGGAAAAAGAUUCGUCAAAAGAGAAGAUCUUAUAGGUCUUUCAAGAUUCCCUGUUUGA